AUGGAGUUGACGGUGGUGGUUUUUGCGGUUGUGUUUUGGGCCUCCGUAUGGUCGGACGACAGGAUCAUCUCAGACAGACAUGAGGUCUACUGGAACAGUUCAAACUCCAGGUUCUGGCAGGGGGAAUACACAGUGCCGGUGGCCAUCAACGACUACCUGGAUGUGUAUUGUCCAUACUACGAGACUCAACAGCCUCACAGUCGCAUGGAGCGUUACAUCCUUUUCAUGGUCAACCAUGAUGGUUACCUUACCUGUGAGCACCGAAUGAGGGGCUUCAAACGCUGGGAGUGUAACCGGCCCCAGAGCCCCGAUGGACCCCUACGUUUCUCUGAGAAGUUCCAGCUUUUCACCCCCUUCUCGCUUGGUUUCGAGUUCCGCCCAGGACAUGAGUACUACUACAUAUCUUCUCCUCAUCCCAACCAUGCUGGCAAGCCUUGUUUAAAGUUGAAGGUGUAUGUGAAGCCUACAAGUAAGUCAUAUGGUUCGGGCUACGAGUCUCCAGAGCCCUUCCUGACUGAUCAGAGCCAACGCUGCAGGGCAGACACCCCACUAGCUGUGCUGCUGCUUCUGGCCUUUCUGCUGGCCUGCGUUUAGAAGCUUUGCAGCAGCCCAGACUGCCUACCACUCUCCCUCCAUCCAUACUCCCUCAGGGAAGCCCCCUCCUCCAGCCCCCUGCCCCAUAGGCUAAUGCGCAGUCUGAAUCAUGCAUCUGUGGACAGAGACAUUUGCCAUAGCCUCUGGCUUUUUGCUUAUGGGACAAAUUAGUGGCUGAUGUAAAGAAGUGAGACUCAAACACCUGGAGUCUGUUGUGGAAUGUGACCUUUUAUAUAUGCUGUCAUGUAAUCAACGCUUAUAUUCAUGUGCCAUUUCUCAUGGUUCAGGGCAUCGCAAUUUUAAUCAAUGGUUUACAAAGAUUUCAAACACUGAUUUGGAUAACUAUAAUGCCCCUUUCCCCAUCAUCAUAAUUUUUCCAUUUACAUCAAACUCAGUCCCUAUCCACCCAGAUGUUUGCACUAUCCCAACUGUUGAUGUGGACUUGCAGUCUCGUGGCAUUCGUGAAGUCCACCAGACUGUAGGGUGUCCCAUUUCUAAUAUAAAGGAAUAGUUCACCAAACAUUUUUAAUUACGUAAUCAUUCACUCACCCUCGUGUCAUUCUAAACUUGAAUGGCUUUCUUCUGCUAAACACAAAAGGAAAUUAUUUUAAGGAUGUCCUGGUCUUUUUUUUUCUUCAAUACAAUUGCAAUGGAUAGUGAUUCUGCUUUAAAGCUUCAAUAAGGUCACAAAAGUAUCAUAAAAGUAGUCCAUGUAACUCACAUCA